CGUUAAAAUGUGUAUGCAAUGUGUAUUGCUGGAAAUAAAUAUGUUUAAACUAAAAUGUUGAAGUCAUUAUGACAAAGUAUUAAAUACAUCUCUCAUAUAUGAUAUUUUUUUAAAGAAUAUCUUUCUCCCAAGUAUUUAUAUUAAUACACGCUUUUUAUUAUCAUCAUCUCCGUUAUUUCAUAGCGCCCCUAUCGAGCUGGACAAUGGUGGUCUCCAGGACGACGACGUAAUGGUCACCAACAGUAUCCAGAUCCUUGGAGGGGUUAUGCUGAUUCUAGCCAUGGUGUUUUUGGUGAUGUUGUGUGCCGACGACCAAGUGUACCCAGAGGACCCUCUUCCAACGUGGGUGACUUUGAUACAUCACGACCGCGCCAUUGACACUGGAAUUUUGGGAAAUUCGGAAGGGAUCAGCGUACUAGACCAUAACUCUCUUGUGAGACACAGGAAGGGGCAUUUUGAAACGGAUGGCGCCAAAUGGGGAGCUGGCUUAAUGAGAGGGAAGCACGUGUUUGAAAUCUACUGGCCUACUGACUUCCGUGAUGCGUGCGCAACCGUUGGCAUAGGAACAGAGGAGGCACCCCUGCACUCGAAACCCCGAUGUUCCCUGAUAGGGGCCAGCAAGCAUUCUUGGGGACUGAACAUUGUCAAAUGCAGGGUUUUCCACAACGGCGAGAUACAGUUUGUGUACCCAAGGGAGAAACGAAUUCCAAGCAGAUUUUUCAUGUACGUGGAUUGCGACAGUCAGACGCUCGGCUUCGGAACGGAAGUGGCCUUCUGGGGCUCCAAGAUACGUUUCCCGCGUACGGCACUUCCAGUGUACCCGAUGGUCGGCGUCGUCUGCGAGGGCGCCCAGAUAUCCCUGAUUUACAGAGGAUCUGCCUACUUCCAGGCCCCGGCUGUACAGGGCGAGAUGGUGGGCGGGCUGCAACUGAAGACCUUCCCCGGGGGCUAUAACCCGCAACCACUGGUCGGGGGCUAUAACCCGCCCCCACUGGUCGGGGGCUUUAACCCGCCCCCACUGGUCGGGGGCUAUAACCCGCCUCCACUGGGCGGGGGCUAUUACCAGCCCCAACUGGUCGGGGGCUAUAACCCGCCUUCUUAUUCUUCGAAGCUGUACUGAAAGAUUGUGAUGGCGAAUCUUAAGAACCGACACCGUUCUCCCUGGAAUGUCCAUUUUACUAUAAAUAUCGUGGUAGAUAGAUAUAUAAUGUGAUCUCUUUCAUUUUUUAAAUUAUUAUUUCAUAGACACAUAUACAUAUAUAUAUUUGAAAUAGAAAAAUAAGAACUCAUGCAAACCCAACUAUGCAAUCUUACUCGUGUGUGUUUCGUUUCUCCAUUAAUGAUAAGUGUCUUUUGUUCUAUGCGUAGUGUGUGUCUGCAUCUAAAUGCCUUAACCCAUUUAUGCCUAGCGGACUCUCCAAUCCUUCUAAAUUGGAUCAAUUUAUUUCCAAAAUUAGGGAUGUGGAGUAUAUUUUUUUCUAUAUUUAGAAUAUUUUUUACAGAAAUUCCUUUAAGCAAACA